GUGAUAUCAUCACAACACCAAUAUCUUCACCGAAAUUCUCAGUAUUUAAAUUCCGAUAAUGUUAGCAGAUUAAGCAACUCUCUAUCUCUUCUCUCUUUUCUCUGGACGAGAAAAUGGAGUUAUCAUCAGUGACAGUUUCAAUAGCUAUAGCUGUUGUGUCGUGGUGGAUAUGGAGAAUUUUGAAGUGGGUUUGGUUCAAACCAAAGAUGCUUGAGAGUUACCUGAGAAGACAAGGUCUUUCCGGAACUCCUUACACGCCUCUCGUCGGAGAUUUGAAGAGGAAUUUCAGCAUGUUGACGGAGGCAAGAUCCAAACCCAUCAAACUAACGGAUGAUAUUACACCACGUGUCGUGCCUUAUCCCUUGCAAAUGCUCAAGACUCACGGAAGGACAUUCUUUUCAUGGCUUGGACCUAUACCAACCAUCACCAUAAUGGAUCCUGAGCAAAUCAAGGAAGUGUUUAACAAAGUUUAUGAUUUCCAGAAACCGCAUACAUUCCCAUUAGGCAAAUUGAUAGCCACUGGACUCGCUAACUAUGAUGGUGAUAAAUGGGCGAAACACCGGAGAAUCAUCAACCCGGCUUUCCACCUUGAAAAGAUCAAGAAUAUGGUACCUGCUUUCCACCAGAGCUGCAGCGAGGUCGUAGGCAAAUGGGACAAGUUAGUCUCGGAUAAAGGGUCCUCAUGUGAGGUGGAUGUUUGGCCUUGGCUUGUGAGUAUGACUGCAGAUGUGAUCUCCCGUACUGCUUUUGGCAGCAGCUACAAAGAAGGGCAGAGGAUAUUUGAGCUCCAAGCAGAACUAGCACAGCUCAUCAUACAAGCUUUUCGGAAAGCUUUCAUCCCUGGAUAUAUUUAUCUCCCAACAAAGGGUAAUAGACGGAUGAAAGCAGCAGCCAGAGAAAUCCAAAUUAUACUGAGAGGGAUUGUAAACAAAAGGUUAACGGCGAGAGAAGCUGGAGAAGCACCAAACGACGAUUUGCUGGGUAUACUUCUUGAAUCGAAUUUGGGGCAAGCCAAAGGAAAUGGAAUGAGCACUGAGGAAGUGAUGGAGGAGUGCAAGCUGUUCUACUUCGCCGGGCAGGAGACAACUUCAGUACUUCUGGUCUGGACAAUGGUUUUGUUAAGCCAACACCAAGACUGGCAGGCUCGUGCACGAGAAGAAGUGAAGCAAGUUUUUGGUGACAAAGAACCGGAUGCAGAAGGCCUUAACCAGCUCAAAGUUAUGACGAUGAUAUUAUACGAGGUCCUUAGGCUAUAUCCUCCGGUAACACAGGUGACACGAGCCAUUCACAAAGAGAUGAAGUUAGGCGACCUGACACUACCAGGCGGUGUUCAGAUUAGUCUACCUAUUCUGCUAGUCCAACGUGACACGGAGCUAUGGGGCGACGAUGCUGCAGAGUUCAAGCCUGAGAGGUUCAAAGAAGGUCUCUCAAAGGCGACAAAGAGCCAAGUCUCCUUCUUUCCUUUUACGUGGGGACCGAGGAUAUGCAUUGGCCAGAAUUUUGCCAUAUUGGAGGCAAAGAUGGCGAUGGCACUGAUUCUACAGAGAUUCUCCUUCGAGCUUUCCCCUUCCUAUGUUCAUGCGCCUUACCCAGUCAUCACAAUUCAUCCACAGUUCGGUGCUCAGCUUAUCCUACACAAGCUCUAGUCCUAUUACCCCUUGUGUUGUUGUCAGAUAAACUUGUAAUACACAGAUGAAACAAGUCUGUAUCAUAAUACAAAACUCAAAUCUUUAUUCUAUUCAGAACUAGCAAUCUCACAGAUUAAAACCCUUGGAGCAGUGAUUCUCACAGAACAAAUCUCUAUUGCGAAACUAAAGACUCAAUUUUUU